AUGGCAUUAAUUACAUGUUUCGACGAUCUACCAGAUCUUGUAUUAAUCGAAUUCUUCUCGUAUUUAUCAUCUAUCAACAUUCUUUGGGGAUUUACUCAUCUUAAUCAACGUCUGACAAUGCUAAUAAUUGAACGAGGUUUCUUUUAUCAUAUUAACUUAUCACUUGCACGUUAUGAUCAAUUUAAUAAAAUUCUUCAUUUUCUUCCAUUGAAUGAUAUUCAAUCACUUGCAAUUGAUAGUGAUGCAUCUCCACUUCAACUAACUCAUUGGCCUUAUUUACCUUGUUUAAGAACUCUACGUAUCAUUGGUGUCUACAAUUGUGAUGAGCUUUCACUCUUUGUUUUGCUUCAUGCAGCCACACUCACUCAUCUUAUCAUAAAAUCAAAUGAAAGAAUGGUUCCGGAUGGUUUGUCGAUUAAAUUCGUGUAUCCAAUAGGCUGCAUGAUGACAUUAAUAGAUAAAGUUCUUGUUCAUUUACCUGCACUUCAAUCUCUCGACUUGGGCAUGAACUAUUAUGGAACACGUUGGUCCAUUACUAAUGCAAUAGCUUCUCUUACCUAUCUACGCAUUUCUUUGCCAAGUAUAGAUAUCUUAGUUCAUCUUAUGUCAACACCACCACUCUUCAAGACAUUACAUCAAUUACAUAUAUGCAUAAGUUACAAUCAUUCUCCUAAACCAACGGCUAAUCUAUCGAUUCCAAUGUUUAAUUUACAUACAUUUACUCUUGUUCAAACAUUUUUCUCGAUGUAUACCAUUGAAUGGAUGCUAUUUGAAACGCUAACAUCUUCAAAAAUUAUGCCUAUUCUUCAACAUGCUAGUGUGUCUCUAUUUAUUGAUAUUAAUGAUUUAAAUCGUAUUACGUAG